CAAACUAUACCUAAACCUUUGCAUAGGAUAUUGUAGUAGAGGUAAAUCUGAUCAUGUCAGACUCAGAGGAAGAAAGUCCCGACAAACAAGUAAAAAUUGUUAUAUUGGGCGAUGGAGCUUCAGGAAAAACGUCAAUUUCAACAAGAUAUUCGGGUGAAUCCUUUGGAAAACUAUAUAAACAAACAGUAGGAGUUGAUUUCUUCUUGAAAAGAAUUGUCUUACCAAAUAAUGUUCAUGUGACAAUUCAAGUAUGGGAUAUUGGAGGUCAAACGUUAGGUGGAGAGAUGUUAGACAAAUACAUUUAUGGUGCUAAUGGAGUAUUACUAGUCUAUGAUAUUACAAAUGCAAAUAGCUUUGAAAAUUUGAGUGAUUGGAAGGUACAAGUGGAAAAACUAAUAAGCUCAAAAAGGGACGCUAAAAUGCCUCAUUUCGCUUUAGUUGCUAACAAAGUUGAUUUAGAACACUUAAGAGUUGUUAAACCAGAUAAGCAUAUGCAAUUCGUAAAAGACCAUAAGAUGAGCUCGCAUUUUGUCUCAGCUAAAACUGGAGAUUCGGUUAAUUUAUGCUUUAAGAGGAUAGCUGCUGAAAUCUUGAACGUAAAAUUGUCCAAAGCAGACCUUGACUCUUCACAGCCAGUCGUAAAAGCGGAGAUAGUGCCUUCGGUAGGGGUAAGGGGACCAAGUAGACCGCUAUCUUCACAACGAAGUUCUUUAUGCACGAUACAGUAA